AGCAUCAGAGAGAGAAUACGUAGCGUUGCAGGUCAGACUGCAUUGUCACCCCUAGUGCUUUGCCGACCAUGCCAAGUAAUUCAAAGACUUAGGGCACACAUCUAAAGUAGCUGGUGAUGGUGAGUCCAACUUCAGAGCAGUAUGACAGUUUGCUCCGGCAGAUGUCAGAGAGAAUCGAUGAGGGAUGUGGGGAGACCAUCUAUGUCAUUGGACAAGGUUCAGAUGGGACUGAAUAUGGCCUGAGCGAGGCAGACAUGGAAGCAUCUUAUGCUACGCUGAAGAGCAUGGCAGAGCAGAUUGAGGCAGAUGUGAUCCUUCUGCGGGAGCACCAGGAAGCAGGGGGCAAGGUGCGCGACUACCUUGUUCGGAAACGUGUGGGUGACAACGACUUCCUGGAGGUCAGGGUAGCAGUGGUUGGAAAUGUGGAUGCGGGAAAGAGCACGUUGCUGGGUGUCUUGACACAUGGCGAACUAGACAAUGGCCGAGGCUUCGCUCGGCAAAAGCUCUUCCGGCAUAAGCAUGAGAUUGAAUCAGGCCGCACCAGCAGCGUGGGCAAUGAUAUUCUGGGCUUUGACAGUGAGGGCAACGUGGUGAACAAGCCUGACAGCCACGGUGGCAGCUUGGAAUGGACCAAGAUCUGUGAGAAAUCCACCAAGGUCAUAACUUUCAUUGACCUGGCCGGUCAUGAAAAGUACCUGAAAACCACCGUCUUUGGCAUGACUGGCCACUUACCUGACUUCUGCAUGCUUAUGGUUGGCAGUAAUGCUGGGAUUGUUGGAAUGACCAAGGAGCACUUGGGCCUGGCGCUGGCACUCAACGUUCCUGUCUUUGUUGUGGUGACCAAGAUUGACAUGUGCCCUGCCAACAUCCUACAAGAAACCCUGAAGCUAUUACAGCGACUGCUGAAGUCCCCAGGGUGCAGGAAGAUUCCCGUCCUGGUUCAGAGCAAGGAUGAUGUCAUUGUAACAGCCUCCAACUUCAGCUCAGAGAGGAUGUGCCCGAUUUUCCAGAUUUCAAAUGUCACUGGGGAGAACCUGGAUUUGUUGAAGAUGUUUCUUAAUCUCUUGUCUCCACGGACCAGUUACAGAGAAGAAGAGCCAGCAGAAUUCCAAAUAGAUGAUACUUACUCUGUCCCGGGUGUAGGAACAGUUGUGUCUGGAACAACACUAAGAGGCUUAAUCAAGCUGAAUGACACCCUGCUGCUGGGGCCAGAUCCCCUUGGCAACUUCCUACCUAUUGCUGUCAAGUCCAUCCAUCGCAAGAGAAUGCCUGUCAAAGAAGUGCGUGGAGGCCAGACUGCCUCCUUUGCUUUGAAAAAGAUCAAGCGUUCUUCCAUCCGGAAAGGCAUGGUAAUGGUGUCCCCUCGUCUGAACCCACAAGCAUCUUGGGAGUUUGAAGCAGAGAUUCUGGUACUCCAUCACCCCACCACCAUCAGCCCACGGUAUCAGGCCAUGGUGCAUUGUGGCAGCAUCCGCCAGACGGCCACGAUUCUCAGCAUGGACAAGGACUGCCUGCGGACAGGGGACAAAGCCACAGUGCACUUUCGCUUCAUUAAAACCCCGGAAUAUUUACAUAUAGACCAGCGGCUGGUCUUCCGUGAAGGCCGCACCAAAGCUGUGGGUACCAUCACUAAGUUACUCCAGACCACCAAUAACUCACCAAUGAACUCCAAGCCACAGCAGAUCAAGAUGCAGUCAACAAAGAAGGGAGCCGUUACGAAACGAGAGGAUAGCGUGCCCCUAGUUGGGACAGCAGUUGGGGGCCCACCAGCUGGGGACGAGGCUCCCUCAACAGCUGCGGUGCCACUAACACCAACUGUCCUGCAACCACUGCCUGCACUGGAUGAAGAGCUCCACACGCGCGAGGGCAAUAAGUCAAAAGUUGGAGGAGGAGGCCGGCGACGUGGGGGUCAGCGCCAUAAAGUGAAGUCUCAGGGAGCCUGUGUGACUCCUGCCAGUGAUCUGAGGACUAUCAAACACCUGAAAUUUCAGACUUGCAAGUGUUAA